AUGUCUAAUACAAACAAAUCUUACCUUGAUACAUUACCCACGGAAAUUCUUUAUCGAAUUUGCGAUGGACUUGAUUCAGAGACAAUUCUCUUUUCGUUUCGUCGCGUAUGCAAACGAUUUCAUACAAUCAGCAAAAUUUACGAUCGUUAUCGCUUGGAUCUAUGUUAUUUUUCCAUGUCUGAUCUACGUCGGAUGGAAUAUUUAAUUGAUCCGAAAAAUGUAACUUCACUUACAUUGGCAAACGAAGACAAAUCAAGCGGUCUAAUGGAAUACUUCCUCGAUCACUUUUCUCUUCGAACUUUUAGCCGAUUAGAUUCAAUGACUUUCGCUUUGCAUCACAAGAUAGAUUUCGAUAGGUUUGCAAAGUUCAUUGAGCAAUCGUCUUUGACAACGCUCUCAAUAUGGCUUUGUAACUACUCGUUGACAAGUUUUCAAAACUUGAUAGAAGCACUCAAAUCAUGUCGAUUAAAGAAUCUGAUCAUCCUUGAUAGAGUUGACUGGACAAGUCUUAUGUUCAUCGUCAAUACGUUAACUGAUUUACAGAAAUUAGUUUUGAAAUCGUUUCACAAACAACCAUACGAUAAUCUUGCUGAAUCACAAGUCAACAGUGAAGAAGUCAGUAAAUUAACUUCACUUUCACUAAACAUGAAAGCUGAAGUCGAAAUACAAUACAUCGAAUCGAUUCUGAUGCGUUGUCCUCACUUACAAUGCUUUCAAUUGGACAGCUCAGGAAAUAAAGCGGAUAAAUCGUUAUUUGACGGUCACAAAUGGGAAAAUUUGAUUGAAACUAGAUUACUUUUGUUGAAACAGUUCGAAUUCCAUUUUUCUUAUCAUCCACCGAGAUUUGGAAACAUUUUCGACGUUGACGCGUCGUUCGAGUCAUUUCAAACACCAUUUUGGCGUGAUCGAAAACAAUGGUUUGUUCGAUGUGAUUACGUGGCUAGUGAAGACAAGAAAUGGUACGAUGUCUAUACAGUACCAAUGAACAUUCGAGAAGAAUUCGAUCUUUCUUGCCAUCGAAUGACAAUCUUAGAUUCGAUGUUGCCAACAAUGGACGAAAGCAAAGCGAACGUCGUCCAUGUACAUCGAUUAACUUUGAAUUUGAACCAAUUAAUGAUUGAAAAUACUCAAACUAGGACUAAUUUACUAGCGAAAUAUCAAUUCCGCAAUGUGAAAGAGCUAGUUUUGAUUAUUGAUCAAGAGUGGUCGAACGAUGCCAUCGAAUGCCUCUCGACAAUGAUUGUCUUAUCAAAUCUCGAGAAAAUACAUUUGAAGAUCGAAGAUAAAUGUAAAUUCGUCAGGGAUUUGUAUACAAAAUUGAAAGGUUUACUCAAACAAGCAUGGGAUCUUCGUUCGUUGAAAAUAACUUCUACGAAUCCUAGAACAAGAAAACAGAUCAUUCGGGAUAAAAUCGCGUUGAAACUAUCACGUUACACUGACGAACUUGAUAUUGAAGUCCAGGAUUUGGAUGAUGCCAAAGCCAUAUUGCAAAACGAGAAAUACUUAUCACAUCUCACAUUUCGGCCGAUCCUGAAUGACAAUGUUAACUUAGUUCAUGAGAUCGAAGAUUGGCUUCCACAUACGAAAAGACACUAUACAGUAGAAUCGGCUGUUAACUGGUUAUGUGAUGGUGGAUGUUGUACUUCAAGCAAAGGGGUGUAUAUAUGGCUCGACUAA